CCGAGGAGAACAACCGUCGAGGGCCGGAGAUUUGAGCUUGCCCAACAACCAUGUCCGCCAGACCAUCUACCCUCCGAAUAAUCUGGCAUCGCUGCCCUGGUGCCUGUGCUGGUAACCCAGUACGCCCCAGCUUUCAGACAUACUUUUCACCAUCAUGGCGCUCCUUCGCGACGAGGUCUCCUCGAUCUACGCCUGUUCCUAGACCUCAGAGACGCACCGCGCCCUCAAAUCUCCAAUACGCCGAAUUACCCAAGAGUCUACAACCAAAGGCAGGAGGACUCGGAAGGUUGUUCAGCAGAGUUGCUCACGAAGGAGAUGUGACUCUAUUCAAGGCGCACUCUCAGCGCAGCUAUUACUUCAGCGCAUACGGCUUGUCAGCAUUCUGUUUCGCAUAUGCGGUGUACAACUCCAACGCUGUUUUCCGAGACCCCGUGACCGUCCUCCCUAUGUGGCAACAAGCCCUAUUUGGCGGUAUCUGUGUAUCGAUGAGUGUCAUGGGCACUAUCUUCCUUGUUCGGACUGGUAAUAUGAUCCGAAGCAUCAAGGCGGUCCAUUCCCAAGGCCAACCUCGUAUCCGCUUCCAGGUUCGGGGCAUGUUGCCAUUCAGAAUGUAUGAGUUUGAGGUUGCGCCAUCUCAGGUUCAUAUUUCCAAGAAGCUCGUUGUAUCACCAGAGUCUGUGGCGCGCUAUGAGAAUGAUAGCAGGAAGCUUCUCAGUGGUUCGAACGAACCGAAGCCAAGCUUCUUCAAAGCUCCCGUUGCGAGGUUGAGCCAUGGAAUCUGGAGGAUAUUCCUAUCCGUGCGGCAAAUCUUUACGAGUGAGGACUUCAUCCUCAUUAAGAUUGACGGCCGAAAGGGUACGUUCCGGAUGGACUCGAAUGGUGCGGUUGAUCGGGAUUUCCUUCUCCUGGGCAAUCCAGUGAGAAUGAGAGGUCAGAACUCUUGAGACUCACUUGAGAGUUUGAUUCUUAUGCGGAGCAUCACACGGUGGCUUUGAUUGUACUGGUGAUACCCACCACAUUUGCCCACCAUUGUAUCUACAUUGUUGAACACUGUAACAUCAAUCCCAAAGCAUCCUCUGAUGAUGAAGGAUACAGACCCUGAUAGACUUGCGCUUUAAUGGGUAUGCUAAUUCUAUGAGCGCAGUGAGGUAGCAUGACCAAGAACUGAAUUUUGGCUGCUGUCUUUCUGAAGACGAUGAUCUUGAAAACCAUAGUACCCCCCUUGCCUGUCGGUUUUCCAGAACGAUCCGAGCAAUGACUUCGGCCAAAAAUUGAGGUCUGAGAACAUGGCUGCGGCUUGGGGAAUUCUCCACAGAGGUGCGCAGGCUGAGGAUAAAGUUGGUAUAUCACACCUUCUUGAAGUCCCACGACCGACAUGAGGUCUGCCUGGAAGGUGACAAGAAAGAGGCCUACAAGCUCGCCAUCUAUGAAAGAAUGCUACUGCGUGAUAGUGCAAAGUUUUGAAUACAGAACUAUCAGAACCGAGGUACCUGCAACCAACUGAGUAUCGGCAAGUAGCAGACACAGCUUCUGGAAUUGUUCCGGUCGAAGACAUGGUACGCAGCAAUCCCAAGACUUGGAAAGUUUGUGUCAACGUAGGAUAAACGUGGAG